UUUAAAUCCAGGAAGUAUAAAUUUAAAGACUCGCCUCGUAAUGGACUGAAAUAAAUAGGUUCUCCCUAGCAGGCUGACAUUCUGCACAGCGCAAGGCAUGGGGAACACCGACAGUGUUGUGGUCCAGCAGCAAUUGGCCCGGUUCCGCCCGGAGGAGCGGCCUGUGGUUGAGGGCUUGUUCGAAAAGCUUCAGCAGGGCUCGAGUUCUGCCGUAACCGGGAAACCAAAGACGUUUCUAGAGCUGGACACCUUAAAGCAUGCCAUGGCAGAUGUAGCCUCAGAGCAGAUGGUGCGGCGCGUCUUCGCUGCGAUGGCCAGCAUGAGCACAGGGGAGGCAGCAGGACGUGGCGAGGCGACGGGCAUGGCAGCAGAAGUGAGCCACGGGCAGCUGCUCGUCUUCCUGGCAGACGUCCUGCGAGGCACGGCCGAGGAGCGGGCACCCAUCGUCAUGGUGAUGGCGGGGGGCUCUGAGGCUGGUGUUGUCACGUGUGACCAGGUAUCAGAGUUCCUGCAGGACCUGGUGACUGCUGUGGUGCAGAUUCUAACCCGUAGGGGGCGCCUGAAGGGCUGGGAGCCAGACCACAUGGGAGACUGUUCCCUGGGGGUUAAACUCCUGGCUGAGCAGAUGUGCUCUGAACUGAAACCCUCAGAUGGUGUCUGUAACGUGUCCGUCCUGGAAGACUGGAUCUUCCACGUGAGCCAGGUGGCUGUGUACCUGGACCUGCUCAUCUCCGAGGGCCUGGGCGUGGCUCUGUCCUCCCAGCCGCCUCCGCCCCUCCUCCCCCCCUGCCAGGUGGCCCCCUGGGGGAAGCUGCGCUGCCUGUUGGACCUGCCCUCCCUCAUGUUCCUGAUCCCCCAGCUGCCUGAAGGCCCGAGCUCCCCGUGGAGGCUGCUGUUCUCCACGCAGCUGCACGGAGAGAGCUUCUCCCGGGUGGUGGGCAACUGCCAGCACAAGGGCCCCAGCCUGCUGCUGGUCAGGGACACCAAGGGCCACGUGUUUGGGGGCUUCGCCUCCCACUCCUGGGACGUCAAGCCGCAGUUCCAGGGAGACUCCAGGUGCUUCCUUUUCUCAGUGUUCCCAAGUCUAAGGGUGUACACCUGUACAGGAUAUAAUGAGCACUACAUGUACCUUAACCAGGGACAGCAGACCAUGCCCAACGGACUGGGUAUGGGUGGGCAGCACGGCUACUUUGGUCUGUGGCUGGACAGCGAUUUUGGGCGGGGCCACAGCCGUGCCCGGCCUCGCUGCACCACGUACGGCAGCCCCCAGCUCUCAGGGGAGGAAGACUUCAUCCUGGACCAUCUCGAGAUCUGGGCAGUGGGCAAGCCCCCCCAGGACCCGGACCAAGAGGUCAGUAGCCCGCGUGAAGAGGAGCAUCCUGGAUGUGGACCCCGAGGUGCAGGCCAUGAUGGAGAUCGUAGGGAAGACCAUGCACAGCCAGGGCCUACGUGAGCCAGACGACCAGAGCUAGAGACUACUGGAUCUGGGCCCAGAAGCGUAUUCUUAUUUAUUGUGUUAAACUUGUGUGUCUACUGAAGUGUUAUUUCUCUCUGUGUAUUGAUUUUGAUGGCUUCAAUAAAAUAAAACUUGAA